AUGUUAUCGGCUCAUUCAGCCGGUCAACUGGCUAUCAUUUGUUCAAUUGGUGCUGUUGUUACCGUCUUUCUCUAUGUACCCGCUCUAAUCAUGAAGAUCAAUGCUAUCAAUGAGAGGCUGAAAAUUGACUCUGACGAGUUUCGCGUGAUGGCUGAUGCAACUUGGGGCCAAUUGGUGAACACGAGAAGAAUGCCAAGAUCGAGAAGACAGUCUUACGACAAUCCCCGUGUCUAUCCACUUCAUACAGCCUAUGUGAACAAUGACGCUUUCGUUGAAAGCCCAUCGAGCACUUGCAGCUGUCAAGCUCAGAACUCGUGCCCUGCCGGCCCACCGGGAUCUCCGGGAAAAGCGGGAAUGGAUGGACAACCAGGUUUAGCAGGAGAAAUGGGUUCACCUGGAUUGGCUGGGAUUGCACCACCUGUCACCAUUGAUCCGAAUCAAGGAUGUCGCGUGUGUCCAAAUGGACCUCGAGGAAUGCCUGGACCACCUGGGGAAUCAGGCCCACCGGGACAAGACGGACAACCAGGAAAUCCGGGUAGACCAGGAGAGCAAGGAAGAGAAGGAUAUGGAGGAAAUCCGGGAAUACCUGGAGAAGCCGGGAAAUCUGGAAAGGUGGGAGAACAAGGGCCACCAGGUAGAGAUGGGACAAGAGGAGCAAAGGGACCACAAGGACCGAAAGGAGACUCGGGACCACUUGGGCAAAAGGGACCAGAGGGAUAUCCGGGUCCAGACGGGCAACGAGGUCAAGAUGGAGAUGCGGGACCUGUGGGGCCACCGGGAAUCCCUGGAAUGCCUGGAGAAGGCGGACAACCAGGAAUGCCUGGAACACCGGGUCUACCCGGCUCCGAUGGUCAAUACUGUAAGUGUCCACCGAGAAGCGCGGGCGUCAAUAAACCGGCCACAUACGAGACACAGCCGGCUCCAUACGAUAACCCAUCAGCCGGAGUGCAAGCUGCCUCCUCUCCACCCUCAUAUGCUCCAAAUCCGUAUGAUGCUGGUGUUGAAGCGGCACCGAGAAAUCCCUACCGAAAAUGGAAAUGGCAU